AGAUGCUUAACAAAGGUAGUGGAUUCGGCUGAAAUGAUGUUGAGAAAUGUGUUACUAUCAGCAAAGAUGUCUUUGAUGAAUGGGUUAAAAGUCACCCUAAUGCAGCUGGUUUAAGAAACAAAGAAUUUCCUCACCUUGAUAGCUUGAUGCAUGUUUGGGGAAGUGAUUAUGCAAUAGGAACUGCUACAGAAAUUCCAGCGGAUGCAGUGGAGGAAAUAGAGAAAGACAAAGAUGAUGAAGUUGAUCUUACUGAUGGUAAUCAUGAGGAAUGGGAGGAGGAAAGAGGAGAAAAAGAAGUUGAUCAAACUGAGUCAUCUGUUUGCCCAUCUACUAAAAUCAAUCAAGGCAAAAAACAAGCUAGUAACAGGAAAAGGUCUAGAAGUGAAGAUGGAUUGAAUGACUUAGUAGCUGAGAUGCAAGAGUAUGUAGGUGCUUACAAGGAAACUAAUGAGCAAAUCAAAGACAUAGCAACCUACUUUAAGAAAGAAGUUGAGAACACAGAUAGAAAGAUGAAGAUAUUUGAAGAAAUCAUCAAACUACCUGGAUUUUCAAGGCAAGAAGUCAUAGAAGCUGGUGAGCAUAUUUUAAAGGAUGCACACAAGAUUGAUACCUUCUUUGCUUUGCCUAAUGAGUUUAGGAGGGAUUAUGUAAUGAAGCAGUUGUAUGAGGUUAGUCCAUACACACCAAGCUUUGACUUUCAUGGUGGAAACAAUGCAUAA